AUGGAUCUAACAAACCGAACAGCAGUGACAGAGUUUAUUUUUCUAGGAUUUCCAGGCUCCUCCGCACUGCAACUUGCCUUAUUUGUGAUGUUUCUCACUGUGUACUUGCUGUCUCUAAUGGGAAACACUCUCAUAAUUUUCCUCAUCCUGAUGGAUUGCACACUGCAGACACCCAUGUACAUUUUCUUAGGAAACUUGUCCUUCCUGGAGAUCUGGUACACGACAGCCACAGUACCUAAGUUGCUGGCUACAUGUGUCACAGAGUUUGUCACCAUUCCCGUUGCGGGCUGUAUUGCUCAGUACUACUUCUUCUUCUCCCUGGGAGCCACUGAAUGCAUCUUGUUGGCAGUGAUGGCUUAUGACCGGCAUGUGGCUGUAUGCCGUCCUCUCCACUACUCACUUCUCAUGAGUGGGCAGAUUUGCCUGAGGUUUUCAGCUGGAUGUUGGAUUGGGGGUUUUAUUGCCCCUUUGCUACCCACCAUCCUCAUCUCUCAGCUCAACUUUUGUGGCCCACAAAAAAUCAACCAUUUCUUUUGUGACUCGGACCCUAUCUUUAAACUCGCCUGCUCGGACACAUUCUUGGUGGAGGCUUUGGGUUACACCUGCAGCUCUGUGGUGAUUCUCAGCUCUUUCCUUCUCACAAUGAGCUCUUAUGGCAACAUCGUGGUCACAAUAAUCAAGCUAUCUUCCCUGGAGGCUAGGAAGAAAACAUUCUCAACCUGUGCUUCCCACCUCACGGUGGUGACCAUCUAUUAUGGCACCAUCAUCUUUGCUUAUGUCCGCCCUCCAGCCAAAUACAAUUUUACGAUUGGAAAAGUGGUCUCAGUGUUCUACUGUGUGAUUACUCCAUUAGUCAACCCUCUCAUAUAUACCCUGAGGAACAAAGAUGUGAUGAAAGCUUUCCAGAAAUUUCUAGUACAAAAGAGAUUUCUAUUAAACAGAAACAUCCAAGAGCUUUGA